CUGAUAUUUCCUUCUUACAAAAAUGACUGAAGAGAAGAAAAUAGUUUCUACUGCUGCGCCGAGAAAAACUAAGAUCUUUGUCGGCCGACUGCCAGAAAAUUGUCGCAAUGAUGAAUUGCGACAGUUGUUCCUACGAUUCGGCGAAGUCACAGAGUGUGAUGUGAUGAACCGUUAUGGAUUUGUCCAUAUGGCAAGGGAAGAGGAUGCAGCAACGGCGAUCAAAACUCUUCACAAUUCAAGUUUCAAAGGAGCAACCAUCAAUGUCGAACAGUCGACAGGAAAAUCUCGAGGGGGUGGUGGCGGGGGUGGUGCUCGCAGAGACAGCGAUCGUCGUGGUGGUCCAAUGAGAGGGGGGCGAGGAGGUCGAGAUGGAGGACGGGACGGACGACCGGGACCUUAUAAUGAUCGUCGAGGUGGUAGCAGAGAUGGCGGCUUUGGUGGCAAUGAUCGAGGUGGACGGGGUGACUUUGGUAGAAGAGGCGAUUUUGGCAGCAGCAGAAAUGGCCCCGGUGCCGGGGGUGGUUACAACGACUACGGUAAUCGGGGAGGAGGCGACUACACUGGUCGCGGCGCUGAUUUCGGCGGUGGAUACAACGAUCGCGGUGGUUACGGACAAAAUAGCGGAAGUGGUCUGGGAGGAUACUCGACAAGCUCACCAGGAAUGGGAGGAGCGUACGGCCCUGCCUCGGGGGCUUCUGGAGGAUACGGACCUACGGCCACACCAGAGUAUGGACGAGGUGCAGACUUUGGUCGAGCUGCAGACUUUGGAGCCAGAGCAGAUUUUGGGGGCCGUUCUUCAGCUGGUAUGGGAGGUGACUUCAGCCGUGGUGGCCCAGCUGAUUAUGGCCGUAGCGACACAUUUGGCGGCGCUCGUACUGCCGAAUAUCCACCGAGAAACGAUUACGAUCGCGGAGUAUCGGGACCAAUGAGGAAUGGAGGCGCCACAGCAGCUUAUGGCGGAGGUUUCACAGAAGCUGGGCCCAUUGGUGCAGUACCCAAUUAUAGCACAGGUCCCGGGCCACAAGCGGACAUGUUUAGCAGAAGACCGGGGAGUGCCGCUCCUAGCGGAGGGUAUCCUCCAGUUGGUGGAGGUUACAGCGACGGAUAUGACCGGACGGAUCCCUACGGUCCAAGGAGUGCCGGACGCUUCCCAGGUCCGGCAGACUCGAUGCCGCCGAGGUACUAAAGUACUAUACCGAUCGGUAGCGUUCGUCGGAGACAAAUAAAUACCUUGCGGCGAUUAGCGUGCGGAUAUAAACCUGCGCCACAACUGUUUCGAUCUGCCCUAUGAAAGAGAAAAACGCAGUCCACUCAAUUAUGAAUUACUGAAACCUAAAUGUAUAAUUUAUAUUAAACUUGAAGUAACAAUUUUAAGGUAACUAUCAUAAGAUGCAGUAAGACCGGGAAAAGUUAUUAACGCAAAACUUAGAUUUAGGUUGACAGCGACACUAUGUAAGUAUUAGAUUCCCACGACAAUUAUUGUGUAGCAAAGGUGAACGGAUUUCGCGUGACUAUCGCUGACCGUUCGAUAUGAUAUUUUAUACCCUGAAUCAAGUUUCAUUGAGAAUUAGUUUUGUUGCCAAGUUUAUCUCACGUAUUGUAGAGAACGUAUUUUGCUGACGACAGUGUUGGUUUUUAACUGAAAUAAUAUUCCAUUCAAGCAUAGACCAAAGGCCAACAGUUUGAAACCUUACUGAAUAUAAUAUUUUUCAUUCCCUUAGUUAGCGUAGGACCGCAGUGGAAAGGGUAAACAUGAGCUAUGAGGGAUGUGCUGUGUAUCAUUUAUUUUUUUUUUUAUACAUGUAACAAUUAUGUCUGACUGUUCAUCAAUAAACCGAAAACGUCAUUGAGAUGAUUUUUAAUGUAUGUCUACAAAUUUCUAAUGGAAAAUCGAUACAACAUGGAGAUAGAACUGAAAUACAAAAUGUGGAACGGGUGUCUCUUCCCUUUGAUAAUAAUUUCACUAGUCAUUAGCCGAUCUACCGCAGUGCCCGGUUGUAUUGAUUUCGUCUCAAUCGGCUUUCCGUUAUUACAUAUACACCUAUUUUUUAUUCUUUAAUACUAUGCUGAAUUUCCAAAUGUCGCAUGAUUGUAGCUGGUUCUUCAAUGCCCUGAGCGAUUGGUUAAAAAACACAAUGCACAAAUUAUAGAUAACAAACCAAUGAUUUUUGAGACAACAUUGGCGUUAAUUUGUUUGAAUAAUUUAAUCCGACAUAUCCCACCUACCGCUCUUUACAUGGUAGAUUUUAUAAACGAGUAGAAAAAAAUAUGAGACUCGUAUCGAUCCAAAUCACGAAUCGUGACAAUCAUGCCUAGGGUGUAUUAUGUAAGGACUAUAGAAAUCAAGAAAGGUAAUCCAUUGACCCCCAACUUUGGGCAUACAAGGCUAUCGAUCUUAGCGCCUGGCCACGCGUUGCCCUGGGAUGCGAGCGAUGAAGUGGCUGUUGAAAAAGGCUCCUAAAAGUUAUGUCGGUUUAGUCCGAAAAUCCAUUGGAAAACGACCUGGGUUGCCAGAGAACACGAUUUGCAGUCACCUUUGUCUGUACGCGUGGCUUGUUUAUGCGAUCGCACGGCUGGAUUAGCUCGAUAUCAACUGACCAUGCACUUAUACUCCAAUAACGAGAGUGCAACCGAAGCGUUGGCGUUGCCCGGCCGUAGAUGCGAGCGCUUAACUGGAUUAGCCGGAUAUCAACGGGCGACGCUCGUCAUCCUCUUAUAAAUGGAGAGCAAAAACAACGGUCUCCUCUUGCCUAUAUGCGCCCGAUAGAUGCGGAUAGAGACUCUGGCGAUUUAUCAUCCUCCAAUAACCGGAUAGCGUGAAGCGAUUGCGUUUCCGUUCCAAAGCUGAUGGCUUUGAAGUGGGAAAAGAUAUCCACCAGGAUGAGCGGACUAUUACCUGCAUUGAGAUGAACUCAAGUUGGAAUCCCUCGAGCGAUUAAAUCCCAUCCACGGUGAGGAAAGCA